AUGACAAAAUUGAUUACGUUAGGUUCUGUAUUGCUCGUACUAUUUGUAGUAGAAACGACGUCAACAAGAUUAAAUUGCAAUUCAUAUCAAGAUGGUGAGUUUAAUUUUACAUGUCUUUGAUAAUUUUACGGUAUUCUAUAAACAAAGUAGAAUUUGGUUUAAGCUAAAUCUGUAAGAAGGCCGGGUUGAGUUCAGUUUUUCGUCCUAGCCCACAAGUCGAGUCCUAAUUUUACCCUGUUAGUUUUACGUUAAGUAACGCUAUUCUUAUCAUUGUAAAAAUAAUAAGAAAAAUGAUUUUGCUUCAAUAUUUUCUUAUUUUAGGCCGCCCUCUUACUUGGACUGGUUUCGAAACCUGUGCUGAAGAUGUAUCGUAUUGUUUGAAAAGUGUGAACAAAGGAAGUCAUCGCACUUUACAGUAAGAUUUAUAUUUACUUCUUCUUCAUUUUAUUUCGUAUUUUAUCAAAAAUUUUUUAACUUUUGUUACCUAGUUAAAGACUAUAGUAAUACAGAUUUACCUAAUGCUACAGGAUUACAUAUUACUAUACUUUUCAGUUCAUGUGACCGCAAACAUGUGUGUAAGGCUGGAGACACUAGCGUAUCUGACAGCAACUACGAUUACUACUGUUGCAGUGAAGAAAAAUGCAACUCAGCUACAACUAUUGGUGUUGGUGUAGCAACUUUAACAUUGAUGGGUCUGAAAGCAUUAGUUCUCUAA